GUAAGUCGCCCGUGGCGUGUGACGAACCACGCAUGCGCUGUGCAUUUGACCUCUAUACGUAAACACGAUUUGUGCGGUGGCAACUCCUUACGGAUGUUUACCGGAUGGAGAUGACAUGACAAUUUGAAGACAAAAUUGGACAUCAGAACCGGAACGAACACACGACAUACUUUCAAAACCAUACGGUUCACGAAAAAUGGCGACAGGUGCAACGAGACGUGAAUUUAACCUUUGCAAAUGUUAAACAAUUAACCGAAUAACUAGUUAUGCCAGCAUGAUGGCAGACAACAGUAACCUAUGUUCCCGACGAAGAAGGGGCGGCAUCAAUCACAAUGUUUGGACGAACAUCAAAACAGUUCAUAUAAGUGUUAUCAUUCUAGUUUUAAGUGCAAAUUUAGUCAAUUGUAAUACCAAUGCAACAGAUGAUGUUAUUAAAAGUGAAAUACCCAAAAGACUAAAACUCGUAGAAGCCAUAACAGGCAGAGGACUCAUAGGUGAUGUGUAUCAAAAUGGUACGUUUAGAACUGGUAAUAGUUUGUGGGACAAUAUUUUAAAUAAGUGCACGUUGAAACCAUCAGUGAGUUGCUUGCAAAAGAACUUCUAUUCGUAUUUAGACGAGAGUUUAGAAUUCAGUGGUGAUAUUAAUGUUACUAGUGGUGUGUGCUUUAAGAAGAACAAUGUAGAUAUGAAUAAAUAUAGUAAGGAAGCUAAUAUCAUCUACCUCACGGGCAGCAAGGAUAAGAGUUACGAAGAAAGAUCUUUUGAAGCUGAAAAUGAAAUUAAUGACGACGAGGAACCUGAAUCACCGCUCGAAGAAGUGACAGACGCGCUCUACAGCAAGGGAGUCAAGUUCCUGAUGACCCAUGACAUGAAGCUCACGCUACCAGAGAUGAUGUUCCACGGAGCCACCCUGAAGAUAUCCCCCAGGGCUCUGACGAAGACAGGCGCGCUGGUACAUAUAGAUCUGGAGCCGAAGGAAACUGGGGGCAGGCUGUUCUUUCAUAAAAUAAAAAAAUACAUCAAACGGAAGCUAAUCAUGGCAGCAUUAGCAAUCAUAUUAGUUGUCAAACUCAUCGCUCUGAAGCUAAUAUUCGUGUUACCUGUCGUCCUUGGAGUAACAACAGCUAAGAAGAUGUUCCUGAAGCUUCUGUUGUUCAUGUUCCCGGCUUUGAGUCAUAUAUUCAAGCUAUGUUCGUGGUACCACCAAAAUUACCAUACUACGAAGUACCAUCAUCAUCAUCAUUUGAUAACGCAUCAUCACAAGCAACCACACGGCCCCCCGCCACACCCAGUAUACGGUCCCCCUCACGGCGCGGUGUUUGUGAAACCCCAUGAAAACCAUCGGCCAGCGUUUGAACAUUAUCCUCAAGAUUGGGAGCUAUCUGGACCAGGACUUGGGAGCGAAUACCUUUCGGACAUCCAUCGAAAUGCAAUCGCGAGUUUCAAGCCAAAUCCCAAUGAUGCCAAUGAUAUUAACGCUUGGGGACUAGGGUUACCACCAGGUUCUGGAUCUCUCAACGCAGGCGAAUACGCGAGUAGCAAUAAUGUUCCGAAUGCUGUUCCUGCGCCGAAUGGAAAUAAAAUACCUGGUAAUGUCGGAAGACCCGUUGGACCGCCUCCUCCAAAUCCGUACUAUCGAAAUAAAAAGACGACACCGCAAGAUCCUGAACAAGCUGAAAAGGAAGCAUUGAUACGAGCAGCAACCCUAGCAGCCAACGCUCCCCCCUCUCCAGUGAGGGACGAGCUCCUCAGAGUAUCAGCGGCGAGGUUAAGCGAGUCAAACCGGGUGCGGACUGAGACUGAACUUGUGCGGCAGCAGCAGGAGAUAUUGGCUGCACAGGACCCUGACACAAUAGCAGCUGAGAAAUUCUACGGAUCCCUUCUAGAAAAGGUCGAUGUCAUAUUGAAUCCUCUUGGAGCAGUCGAUGUAGGCUGCAAGGAGAGAGCUGUGUGUGUGUUAUAUAGAGACCCCUUCAAACACGCACCUUACAGUAAUCUGGUAUCUAAUGAGCUUAGCAAAGAUUCAAGCGAGCUAGUACCACCGGCGGACAGCAAGAUGGCGCUGCGGUAUUAUAGAUACGUUCAAGCGGCUAGAGACGGUCAGGAGCAAAAGGACUGUCACGCUUUAUACCCCAAUUGUAACAUUAAUUAUAAUAAAAAGUAAAAACAAUGUACAUACGAUACAUUAAAGAAAGUAAUUUAAAUGGCGGCUUAUACUCGCGUUUACAGAUAUAGAGAGAGAGAGUGAAUAUAGACGGCAAAAAUGUGCAAGCGAGACAACAUGUUUAGCAUCGAUAUUUUAGAUUGCUUUCUUUGAUGAACCGGGCUUAGAACCGGGGUUUAAAUUACAAGCUAAAAAAUAUAGCGAACUGCAGAAAGUGUUGCCAAGAACGAAAAAUUUAUAUUAACUAUGUCAGGGUUAAAUUUUUUUGCGAAUGUGUAAAAGGAAAAUUAAGAUUUAUAUGAGCCCGUUGUUGUCAUAUUAUUUUCAUAUUACACAUAGUAAAAAUUAUGGUAUUUGAUACUGAAUAUAUAACUAUAAUAACUCCCAGCUUUUUUAUCAAAAUGGUACCAUAAGUCAGUUACUUUUAAAAGCUCUAUGAGACUAAAGUUCUUAUAAUAGACUGUUGCUUAAAACAGAUAAUAUAGAACAUUGCAUUUAUUAAAAAUAAUGUUAUUGUAUAAUUUUGUCACAGCUAAGUCCAAAAUGUGUAAAUGAUAACGUACUUAAUAUUAUUUAUUUAUUAUUAAAUAUAAGAGGUAAUUGGGAAGAGAUUAUGAUCCUUACUUUGAAUAAUUUCAUACAUACAAAAUAUUUUGAAAAAAUAUCUCGUAUCGCUCGACAAUUGGAAAAUUAGUAAGAUGCGAAUGUUUUUCAUUAACAAAUUAAGGCUUUUUUUAUAAUUAAAAAUAUAAAUCACCUAUAACUUAACUAUGUAUGGAAUGUUCGAAAAUGUUGGCUUUAUAAGUACCUAAGGAUCUAAAUCUUUAUUUAUUUCAAUUGUUUUGUUGCAUUUUGUGUUAAAUUACAAAAUGCGAAAACUUUUAGUAUAGAGCCAUUGAGUCACUAGGACAAUAGAAUUAGAUAAAUAAGUUAUUUAUUUUAAUUAGGCAUGGGGCUCAAAUGUUAAAUCUAGUGUUUUAUAUUUUUGAUAAAAAAAUAUUUUUUCAUGAAACGCAGAGAAAAUAUUUAAGCUUUUAUUAAUAAACAUCUAUACUCUAUGCCAUAGAGUCUAUGGUAUACUUCAUAAUAGGCUCUUUUACAUUAAAUAUAUGUAUCGUAAGAAAGAAUGAAACAGAAGAAUUAUUAUCUAAAUUAUAGUGGGAUGUAUACUUUUAUUGGUUAGGUAUGUACUGAAAGAUAAUGUAAAGAAAUUAUGGUUAAUUAUUUAUUUAUUGGUUAUUGUUAUGUAAGAAUAUAAUUUAUUUUUUAGUAAUUUAUUGAACGAUUAAAUUAUUUAUUAAAACUAA